CAGCGUCUCAGUGUCACUUUCUGCUCGCACCGUGAAGCUCUUAGAAAAGUAAGGGGGGGGGCAGUUAGAGAGAAAACCAACUGGAAUUUAUCACCUCUUGCAUAAUAUUACACACAUCAACACGUGAGGUCAACAGAGCGCCCCGGUGAGGGGGGACCAGGACCGUGGGGACCGAAGCUGUCAGUAAUCCGCUGCUUUGAAUACAAUAUCUGGACCGAGCACCACAACAGGGGGAGGGACCGCACUCUCCUGUCUCUCAAAGUAGGAGCACUACCUGCAACUUCUGAUUCAUCUCAGAUGCAUGUGAACUUUGAAAACUUAUGUCAUUCCAUUUUAAUUUUUUUAUUUUUGGAUUCCUGGGACAUUUCUUUUUUUUUUUCUGGCACACUUUUUACGCACGCCUGUCGCACACUGUGCGCUGUGAUCUGAUUGUGUGAGAAACUUUCAAUCCGAUGCCAUGCUGCAGUGAUUUCAGCCCCCCCUUCCCCCUCUGCUUCUGGACUUGAUGAUCAAGUUGUAGCCUAUAAAAAGCGGGAGGGCGAAGAAGGAUGCUUGGAAAAUAUUUAUAACAACACAGCGAGCGGAGGAGACAGGGGUCUGUUCGAGUCACUCGACCGAUUAGAAACCGAGGACAGUCAAUCACAAGGAGGCAAGUAGGGGGGCUGCAGGGGUGACCGAGGACAAGACAGGUUGGUGUCUCCAAAUUCACCGCGCGCUCGAGUUUCAGCCGACCCCCGGGGGGGCUCCUCCUGGUAUUAAAGCUGCGUGCAUUUGACCUGGGGAUACGUUGUCAACAAGAGCAGCGAGCGGAGGCAAACUGGCAGGUGUACAAGUUCAUGUACAUGCAUACGUAUAUUCACGCCACUAUUUAUAGAAGUUGGGACGAGCAGCCUUAAUAAGUUUCUCCUCCCACCCGCCGGACCUGCAGCAGCUCUGUGCACGUGUCUAUAUAUAUACACGCACAUACAUACACACCGUACAGGCUGUUAUUACUCUUCGCAAUCUGUAUCCGAGAGGGCAGCCCGCCGUCGGUUUGGCUGUGAGGGCAGGAGUCGUCGCAUGGACUGACAUGGCUACCGACCUGGCCAUGAGCGCGGAGCUGCCGAACAGCCCUCUGGCGAUCGAGUACGUCAACGACUUUGACCUCAUGAAGUUCGAGGUGAAGAAGGAGCCCCCGGAGGCCGAGCGCUACUGCCACCGCCUCCCGUCGGGCUCCCUGUCCUCCACCCCGAUCAGCACCCCCUGCUCGUCCGUGCCUUCGUCGCCGAGCUUCUGCGCCCCGAGCCCGGGCGCGCAGCCCAACCAGAGCCUCACCAGCAGCGGCAUCAACAGCAGCAGCGGCGGCAGCAACAGCAGCAACGGCGGGGGCAACAACAAUCACAGCGGCGGCGGCGCGGGCAAGCCGCAGCUGGAGGACCUGUACUGGAUCCCCAGCUACCAGCACCACAUCAACCCCGAGGCGCUCAACCUGACCCCGGAGGACGCGGUGGAGGCCCUCAUCGGGAACGCGCACCACCACCACCACCACCACCAGGCCUACGAGGGCUUCCGCGGGCAGCAGUACGCGGUCGGGGAUGACCUGUCCGCGGCCUCGGCUGCGCACCACCACCACCAGGGCCACCACCACCACCAUCACCACCACGGCCACCACGCGCGCCUGGAGGACCGCUUCUCGGACGAGCAGCUGGUCAGCAUGACGGUUCGGGAGCUGAACCGGCAACUGCGGGGCUUCAGCAAGGAGGAGGUGAUCCGCCUGAAGCAGAAGCGGCGCACCCUGAAGAACCGCGGCUACGCGCAGUCCUGCCGCUUCAAACGCGUGCAGCAGAGGCACAUGCUGGAGACGGAGAAGUGCAGCCUGCAGACCCAGGUGGAGCAGCUGAAGCAGGACGUGGUGCGCCUCGCCAAGGAGAGGGAUCUUUACAAGGAGAAGUACGAGAAGCUGGCCAGCCGGACCUACUCUGUCGGCGGAGCCGCGAACACGAGAGAUCCGUCCGGGAAACAGGCCGAGUUCUUCAUGUGAGAGACUGGACGAUUUGUAGCAUAGACUCUGAAUUACACAAUCCCACCUAAGCAUCCUUGUUGCAUUAAUUUAUUAUAUAUAUAUAUAUAUAUGUUUUUUUUCUGCGUUUUUGUAUUUUGUUUACAGUUAUUCCCUUUGACAAAGACUUCAAUAACACAAGCAAACAAAUAACGCAUUAGAUGCGCACAAAAGUAAUCCUUGUGAGCAUUGUCGAGUCUUAAAUAUGUUUUGGCUAAACUUCUGUACACGCUCACCUGUCAGGUGGGCACGUGGGAUCACUUAGUCUGCGUAGACUUUUUUUCUCUGGUGCAACAGCACCUGCAGGUCAGAAGUCUUAUUGAACCGUCUGACAUUUCAAAUGACUGUCUUAAUUCAGAGAGAGAUGAUUUUUGUCUUAAAAGUGGGAAAAGAAAGAUUUUUUUUUUUUUCUAAGGAUCAGAUUGGACUGAAAUAGAAGCAGAAAAAGCAAUACCCCCCCCCCCCAUCCUCC